AUGCAUAUAAGUAAAAUAAUUUUCCUUCUGAUCAUAUUAUUUCCUUAUCAUGUGAACUCGAGAAAACCCAUUAAAUAUAAAAAGGUAAAUAAUGUAUUCAUUGAUAUAUAUCCAUGUAAAGUUAAUAAAUGGGAAGGUAAAAAAAAAAAAGGAGAUUUAAUAAAAAAUAAUAAAUUAAUACAUAAUGUAGAUGUUAAUUCUAUUAAUAUGAUUACAAAUGAUAAUCAUAUAUCAACAGAAAAAUGUCGAGAUAUAAAAAAGAAAAGAAAAAUUACAAGUAGCGAGUAUGGAAUGAGUCUUGAAUUUUUUAAGAAAAAUCCAAAAAAAGUGGUUCAAAAUUUAAAAAAGAGAGGUAUGGAAAAAUAUCUAAAUGUUAUUGUGAUGUUAAAAAAGUUAAUUAAUGAAAAGAAUGAAAAAGAAGUUUUAAGAAAUAAACUAAGAAAUAGAAGAAAGUUAUUAUCAGAUCAUAUAAAAAAUCUUAUAUUUAAUAGUAAAAAAUAUGAAGACAUAAUAAAUAGAAAUGUUACAAAUGAUUCUGAUCAUAAAACAAAUUUAAUACCCCUAGAUGAAGAAAAAAAAAAAAAUGAUACACAAGAUAUUUUAAAAGAUAAUCAAAAAAUAAGAUAUAUAAAUAAAGAAAAUCAAGAUACAAAUAAUAAUAUUAAUAAUCAAUACAAUUAUAAAGAUGUUUUAAAAAAGAAUAAAUUACAAAUUGAAGAGAUUAAAAAAGAAACGAACCAAAUUAAUAAAGAUAUAGAUCAUAUAGAAAUAAAUAUCUUAAAUUUAAAAAAAGAAAUAGAAUUUAAUUUAUAUAAAUUACCAAAUAUUUUAUUAAAUAAAGUACCAAAAGGGAAAACAACAGAACAUAAUAAAAUAAUAAAAUUUUAUAAAAAAGAAAAUAUUAUUCAGUGGAAUAAUAAAGAACAUGCUUUUAUACAACCACAUGAAGAAAUAAUAAAAAAAUAUGAAAAUAAUUUUAUUUUCUCAAAUAUAUCUAAUAAAAUAGGUUUUGGUUAUAAUAUUUUAGUUAAUGAUAUAGCCAAAUUAGAAAGAGCUCUAAUCGAUUUUAUGAUCAAUACACAUGUUAAUAAGUUCUUAUAUACAUAUGUUAAAGCACCCGAAAUUGUCACCAAAUCAGCAUUAUUUAAUACAGGACAAUUACCCAAAUUUGAAGAAGAUUUAUUUAAAAUUACACAAAAUUAUAAAUUAUUAAAUGAAGAUGCUUAUUUAAUACCUACAAGUGAAGUCUCAUUAUUAAAUUUGUUUAAGAAUAGUCAAAUUGAUUAUAUACAUCUACCCAUAAAAUUAGUUAGCCAUUCAUCUUGUUUUAGAAUAGAAAAAAAUAAUACUUACGGAAAAACAUCAAAAGGAUUAUUACGAGAACAUAUUUUUCAAAAAGUAGAAUUAAUAAAUAUAACCGAUAAAAAAACAUCUCCUUAUUAUUAUAAAAAAUUAAUUAAACAAAGUACAUAUAUUCUAAAACAAUUAAAUAUACCUUAUCGAUUAGUUUUAUUAAAUUCUAUAGAAACUCCAUAUUCAGCUUCUAUAUGUUAUGAUAUCGAAGCUUGGUUACCUAGCCAACAAAGAUAUAUUGAAGUAUCAUCAUGUUCAAAUUGUUUAGAUUUUCAAGCCAGACGUCUAAAUUUAAAAUAUAAAAUUAAAGAUUCCAAUAAUUUCUGCCAUACUAUAAAUGGUUCAGGUUUAGCCGUAGGAAGGGUCUUAGCAAUUAUCCUUGAGCAAUAUCAAAUCAAAAAAAAACACAAAAAUGAAAUAACCAAAAUUCAGGUCCCUAAGGUCUUGAGGAAAUAUAUGAACAAGGACAUCAUACAAGUGGAAUAUAAUUAA